CGCUUUCCUGAGCGCGAACUCCCCGGCGGCUGCUGGGGAGCAGAGGGGCAGGCUCAGGCAGCUCCUCCGCGGCGCCGGCAAUGAUAAAACUUGAGAAAUAACAAGGAGUGGCCUCUCCGCGUCCUCUGGGUCCAAUCCGGUUUCAGGAGUGAAGAUGUUCCCCGGCAGGCAAGCCUGAGACAGGCAAGCCUGAGACAGGCCAACGGCACUUAAAGACAAGCAGCGGCGAGAAAAGCACCUCCCUCGCCCCGCAGGUCUGGCUCUCAGCACCCUCCCGGCCACCGCGUUCUCCUGGUCGUGCCCAGCGUCCCGAUGGCCGCCGCUGGGCCCCGGCGCUCCCUACGAGGAGCGGUCUGCAGGCAGCUGCUGCUGACCCUCGUGAUCUUCAGUCUUGCUGCUGAAACCUGUAAAGAGGUGAUACUUAAUGUACCUUCUAAACUAGAGGCAGACAAAAUAAUUGGCAGAGUUAAUUUGGAAGAGUGCUUCAGCUCUGCAGACCUUAUCCAGUCAAGUGAUCCUGAUUUCAGGGUUCUAAAUGAUGGGUCAGUGUACACAGCCAGGGAUGUUGUGCUGUCUGAUGAGAAAAGAUCAUUCACCAUACGGCUUUCCGACAAAAGGAAACAGACACAAAAAGAGGUUGCUGUGCUGCUAGAACAUCAGAAGAAGGUAUUUAAAGUAUUGAAGAAAAGACACACUAGAGAAACUGUUCUCAGGCGUGCCAAGAGGAGAUGGGCACCCAUCCCCUGCUCUAUGCAGGAGAAUUCCUUGGGUCCUUUCCCUUUGUUUCUUCAACAAGUUGAAUCUGAUGCAGCACAGAACUAUACUGUCUUCUACUCAAUAAGUGGACGUGGAGUUGAUCAAGAACCUUUAAAUUUAUUUUAUAUAGAAAGAGACACUGGAAAUCUGUUUUGCACUCGGCCUGUGGAUCGUGAAGAAUAUGAUGUUUUUGAUUUGAUUGCUUAUGCGUCAACUGCAGAUGGAUAUUCAGCAGAUCAGCCUCUCCCACUGCCCAUCAGAGUAGAGGAUGAAAAUGACAACCACCCUGUUUUCACAGAGGCAAUUUAUAAUUUUGAAGUUUCAGAAAGUAGUAGACUUGGUACUACAGUGGGGGUGGUUUGUGCCACAGACAGAGAUGAGCCGGACACAAUGCACACACGUCUGAAAUACAGCAUUUUGGAGCAGACACCAAGAUCUCCUGGGCGCUUUUCUGUGCAUCCCAGCACAGGUGUAAUCACCACGGUCUCUCAUUAUUUGGACAGAGAGGUUGUAGACAAGUACUCAUUGAUAAUGAAAGUACAAGACAUGGAUGGCCAGUUUUUUGGAUUGAUAGGCACAUCAACUUGUAUCAUAACAGUAACAGAUUCAAAUGAUAAUGCACCUACUUUCAGACAAAAAGCUUAUGAGGCAUUUGUAGAGGAAAAUGUAUUCAAUGUGGAAAUCUUGCGAAUAUCUAUAGAAGAUAAGGAUUUAAUUAAUACUGCCAAUUGGAGAGCCAAUUUUACCAUUUUAAAGGGAAAUGAAAAUGGACAUUUCAAAAUCAGCACAGACAAAGGAACUAAUGAAGGCGUUCUUUGUGUUGUAAAGCCACUGAAUUAUGAAGAAAACCGUCAAGUGAACCUGGAAAUUGGAGUAAGCAAUGAAGUGCCAUUCGCGAGAGAUAUACCCAGAGUGACAGCCUUGAACAGAGCCUUGGUUACAGUUCAUGUGAGGGAUCUGGAUGAGGGGCCUGAAUGCAGCCCUGCAGCCCAAUUUGUGCGGAUUAAAGAAAACUUAGCAGUGGGGUCAAAGAUCAAUGGCUAUAAGGCAUAUGACCCUGACUCUAGAAGUAGCAAUGGUUUAAGGUACAAAAAAUUGCAUGACCCUAAAGGUUGGAUCACCAUUGAUGAAAUAUCAGGGUCAAUCAUAACUUCCAAAACCCUGGAUAGGGAGGUCGAAACUCCCAAAAAUGAGUUGUAUAAUAUUACAGUCCUGGUGAUAGACCAAGAUAACAGAUCAUGUACUGGAACACUUGCUGUGGACAUUGAAGAUGUAAAUGAUAAUCCGCCCGAUAUACUUCAAGACUAUGUAGUAAUCUGCAAACCAAAAAUGGAGUACACUGACAUUUUAGCUAUUGAUCCCGAUGAACCCGUCCAUGGAGCUCCAUUUUAUUUCAGUUUGCCAAACACUUCUCCAGAAGCCAAUAGACUGUGGACCCUCACCAAAGUUAAUGAUACAGCUGCCCGUCUUUCAUAUCGGAAAAAUGCUGGAUUUCAAAAAUAUACCAUUCCUAUUACUGUAAAAGACAGGGCAGGCCAAUCUGCAACAAAAAUGUUGACAGUUAAUCUAUGUGAUUGUCCUCAUCCAAGUCAGUGUCGUGAGACUUCAAGGAGUACAGGAGUAAUACUUGGAAAAUGGGCAAUUCUUGCGAUAUUACUGGGUAUAGCACUGCUCUUUUCUGUAUUGCUAACUUUAGUAUGUGGAGUUUUUGGUGCAACUAAAGGGAAACGCUUUCCUGAAGAUUUAGCACAGCAAAACUUAAUUAUAUCAAACACAGAAGCACCUGGAGAUGACAGAGUGUGUUCUGCCAAUGGAUUUAUGACCCAGACUGUCAACAACUCUAGCCAAGGUUUUUGUGGCACUGUGGGCUCAGGAAUGAAAAAUGGAGGGCAGGAAACCAUUGAAAUGAUGAAAGGAGGAAACCAGACCUUGGAAUCCUGCCGGGGGGCUGGGCACCAUCACACCCUGGAUUCCUGCAGGGGAGGACACACGGAGGUGGACAACUGCAGAUACACUUACUCGGAGUGGCACAGUUUUACUCAACCCCGUCUCGGUGAAGAAUCCAUUAGAGGACACACUGGUUAAAAAUUAAACAUAAAAGAAAUUGCAUCGAUGUAAUCAGAAUGAAGACCACAUGCCAUCUCAAGAUUAUGUCCUCACGUAUAACUAUGAAGGAAGAGGAUCUCCAGCUGGUUCUGUGGGCUGUUGCAGUGAGAAACAGGAAGAAGAUGUCCUUGACUUUUUAAACAAUUUGGAACCCAAAUUUAUUACAUUAGCAGAAGCAUGCGCAAAGAGAUAAUGUCACAGUGCUACAAUGAGGUCUUUGCCAGACAUUCUGGAGGUUUCCAGAAAUAAUAUUGUGAAGUUCAAUUUCAGCAUGCAAGACUAUGAUGAUUUUUUCCCUCAAUUUUCAAUUAUGCUACCCACCAAUUUGUAUUUUUAAACCAAGUUGUUGAUUAUCUUUUCCAAGAAGUAAAAAAUAUUAAAACAGACCAAUGGUAAAUCUCAGGCUGCAGCAUUGGAUUUCAGGUCUCUAAAUCAUUUGCUCUUUGUUACAGAUGUUUUCCUAAUAAAUAUGUUGGAUAAAUAUUAGUCCAACAAUAGCUAAAUUAUGAUAAUAUCACAUUAUCAUAUAUUCACUUAGAGUGAUAAUUUAAAAAAUAAACAAGAAAUAUCGGGUAUCACUAUGUGAAGAAAGUUUUGGAAAAGAAACAAUGAAGACUGAAUUAAAUUAAAAAUUUUGCAGCUCACCAAGGAUUGGGACUCACUCCUAUUGCACUACCAAAUUCAUUUGACUUUGGAGGCAAAAUUUGUUAAAGUGACCCAUGAAGUAGCAAUUUUCUAUAGAAAUAUAAUUGGAAAUAAAUGUGUGUGUGUAUAUUAUUAUUAAUCAAUGCAACAUUUAAAAUGAAAUGAAAACAAAAAGGAAAAUGGUAAUAAUUUGAAAUGAGAUGGGUAUAGUUUGUCUUAUAAUAGAAAAAAGAGAGAGCUAGGCCUAGCUCUCAAAUGCUGCAUUAUAACUGAGUCUAUCAGGAAAUAGUUCAUGUUCAUUUGUGUAAUUUGUUUAAAAUUGUAAACGAAUUAAACUUUUCUGAUUUCUGUGGGAAGGAAA